CUUACCUCGUUCCUCAUUUGGGUCCCAGUCUGGUCGCGCAGAGGGGAAAACAAUCUCUACCCGGACUGGGACAGUUGUGGGUUGCCCAUCCGGGCCAGGGAUGGUUUUGACAGCCUCCCUCCUCAUCUGCUCAGGCUCUUCAGAAGUGAAGAGGGUUUGGAGGAGCUGCUGGCAGUCCUCCCAAGUUGGCUGACUCAUCCUUGGUGGAGCCUGUUGCUGAACACCAGGCCUUUCAAGAUGGUCCUCAGUAUUCUUAGCAUCCUUGUUCUUUGGGAACUGGUGCUUUUCAUCGACCACAGGGCCGCGUUGGCAAAGGUAGGGCAGCCUGACGUUGCCAUCCUGGCUGAGGACCCUAGCUGGCCCCUGGUUCGGGAGCUGCUAGAAGAGGCUCCCGGCAAGCAGCAGAGGAAGCCACAGCUCCAAGGACCCCAACUGCAAUACAUGCUGAAGUUGUACCAGAGCUCAGCUGACCCACUUGGGAACCCUAGGGAGAACCACACCAUUGGGGCCACCAUGGUGGCGCUGGUGAGGCCCUCGGCCAACGCAGCAGAGCCUCUCAGAGGCCCCUGGCAUUUACGGACCCUGGACUUUCGUUUCACAGGAAACCAGGCAGCACACAGGCUUGUGAGAGCCAUUCUUGUUUACCCUGAAGAAGUCUACAUAGAUCGCUUCCACUUCUGCCAUGUGUAG